AUGCCCAUAAGUGAGACCACUACCGCUACUGCUGCCACCACCGCUACUACCGCCACCACCACCACUUACUCACAACCAGACAUAUCUCACAUACAAAUUGGUGGUAGGAAAUCAAAACUUGCGGUCGUACAACUGGAGCUUGUUCAACAAGCGAUACAAAGCAUAUAUCCUCAAAUCGACUGUUCAAUACUAGCAUUGAGCACGUUGGGAGACAAGGUGCAAACACAACCGCUCUAUUCAUUUGGUGGUAAAAGUUUAUGGACCAAAGAGUUGGAAAUAUUGUUGAUGGAUAGGGUUGAUGAGUUUCCUCAGUUGGAUCUUAUUGUUCACUCAUUGAAGGAUAUGCCUACCCAUUUACCCGAGGAGUUUGAAUUGGGAUGUAUUUUCCAAAGAGAAGACCCUAGAGAUGCGAUCGUUAUGAAACUGGGCAGUCCAUAUACUCAUUUACGGGAUUUACCAGCAGGAUCAAUAGUGGGCACUUCUUCCAUUAGGAGACUGAGUCAAUUGAUUAAAAAUUAUCCACAUUUGAAAUUUGAAAGUGUACGAGGUAAUAUACAAACGAGAUUGAGGAAAUUGGAUGACCAAGAAAACCAAUAUUGCUGUCUUAUAUUGGCAAGUGCUGGCUUGAUACGUUUAGGAUUGGGAGACAGAAUAACUUCCUGUUUGGAUGAUGUUUAUUACGCAGUGGGGCAAGGUGCGUUGGGUAUUGAAAUUAAGAAGGACAAUCACAAGAUUAAGCAGAUUCUCAAACAGAUUGAAGAUCCCAUUGCCACUAUAUGCUGUCUUGCUGAGCGUUCAUUGAUGAGGUAUCUCGAAGGUGGAUGCUCAGUUCCAUUGGGUGUGCAUUCAGAGUAUAAUCAACACACACGGGUAUUGACUUUAAAGGGGAUAAUUGUCAGUCCUGAUGGUACUCAGUCGAUUGAAGCUGAAGUGUGUGGUGAGAUUACUAACCGAGAAGAUGAUUGUGAAAGGUUGGGAGUUGAAUUAGGAGACAAAUUGAAGGAUCAAGGUGCUCAAACAAUACUCGAUAGUAUAGAUAUGACAAGGAUCAAUGCUAAACCAACUGAGGUGUAG